UCUCUCUCUCUAUCCCCACAGCUUCCCAACUCACCCUCCUCUCUUUUCCCACUCCCUCAACCCCCUAGCAAUGCAAGACUCUUCCUUCUUACUCUUUCUCCUUCCUGCAUCAUCAUCAUACCAUCAUGCAUUGCACAAGGCAACAAUGUGAAGAGGAGCAUUUCGUUGGUAUAUAUCUAUAGAGCCAAAAGAUAUCGAGAACAGACAACACCGGCAGCCGCAGAAGUUCGAGAAUGGCUUCCAAAGCUCUGCAGCAGCAGCAGGGUGGCAGCAAUGAGGAGGGGGUGAGGCAGCGUGUCAACCGCUGCAUGAUGAAGCUGUCGGACCGUGACACGGAGGCCAUGGCCGCCACCGAGCUCGAUGCCAUAGCGAGGGAGCUCACGGCCGACGCCUUCCCGCCAUUCCUCUCCGCCAUCGCUGACGCGCGGCCGACCGACAAGACGCCGCUCCGGCGUCACUCCCUCCGCCUACUGUCACUCCUCUCCCACUCCCACCCUCCCGCCGCCGUCGCUCCCCACCUCCCCCGCAUGCUAGCCGCCGCCCUCCGGCGGCUUCGCGACCCGGACUCCUCCGUCCGCGCCGCCUGCGUCGACGCCGUCCGCUCCAUGGCCGCCGCACACCCGCCCGCCCUCGUCGCCGUCCUCCUCCGCCCCCUCACUGACGCCCUCCUUCACGAGCAGGACCAGUGCGCUCAGAUCGCCGCUGCCCUCUCCCUCGCCGCCGCCAUCGACACCGCCGCGGCCACCGCCUUGGACCCCGAUCUCGCCUACCACCUCCAGCGGCUCCUCCCCCGUCUAGUGAAGCUCCUAAGGAGCAACGCGUUUAAGGCUAAGUCAUCCCUGCUAUCCCUUCUAGGCAGCGCCGCCGGCGCCGGUGGCGCCGGGACGGCCUCUCUCCUCGCGCUGCUCGUCCCCUGUCUCGUGGAGUCCCUCGCAUGCGACGACUGGGCCUCGAGGAAGGCGGCCGCCGAGUCACUCUCCGUUCUUGCCAUCAGAGAGAAGGAUCUGUUGACCGGAUUCAGGUCGUCCUGCCUCUCUUCGUUCGAAUCGAGGAAGUUCGAUAAGGUGAAAAUUGUCAGAGAUUCAAUGACUCGGAUGCUGGAUGUUUGGAAGGAUAUUCCUGAAGUCCCUGAAAGCAAUCUCAUUGCUCAGUCGCAGCCCAAACCUUCUCCCAAAGCUGCUUCUCUCGGCUCUGGUUCAAUACCGUCUGCAAAAAGAUUCUCUUCGAGCAGGUCACCUCCGCCUGCUGCCUUACCGAUCCCAACACCGAGAAAGAAUGUUCCUUCAAUCAGGAACAAGAAAUUGUCUCCACCUUUGUUCCACAAGGAUGAACGAAGGCCCUCUAAUUGGAGGGUGGAAAUCUCUAUUGCCGGUGCUCCAGGAGAAGUUGUGAACGAUGAAAAGCUUCAUAACAUUCGUGAACAUGGAGGAUCAGAGGGCAAUCUCAGAUCCAGGUUAGAAACACGGCGGAUGCUGUUUGAGAGGAACCAUGAGGACACGGGGAAUAAGUUAGCUGGGUUAAAAUCAGCAUCACGUAUGGUUCCACUUCAGGAGACUGGGAGCUUGGAAUCAACUGUGGGGGCUAACACUAAAGAUGAUGAACUAAAUGCCGGGCACAAGGAUAGUGAUCUAUCUUUGAUUCGGAUGCAGUUGGUUCAAAUUGAGAACCAACAGUCCAAUCUAUUAGAACUUCUCCAGAAAUUCAUUGGCAACUCCCAAAAUGGACUCCAUUCUCUGGAAACAAGAGUCCAUGGCCUCGAGAUGGCACUGGAUGAGAUUUCCCAUAAUUUGGCAUUAUCUGCAGGAAGGAUUGCAAAUAAUGACUCUGCAGCAAAUACAUGCUGCAGAUUACCCGGUGCUGAAUUCUUAUGCGCAAAAUUUUGGAGGAGGACUGAAGGCAGAAGUUCCUCUAGGUUCUCCACUUCAGAAGUACAGAACCUAACUGAGAUGGAAACUAGAGGUUCCCACAAGUGGGAUAAGCGGAGGCUCGGAGUCCAAGGUGGACUUGUUGUCAAUCCAUUAGCAGAGAUUAUUCCUCAGUCAAGCGCGAGUCCAGAAGCUACUCCAAUUAAAAUGCUAAAGAGUGCGACUCAUGAGAAUGCAAUUACCCAUGCAUAUCGACACAAGUAGCAAAAUUGGCAUCACAAGAUAUUAGGAAUCUGUAUAUGAUGUGUGAGGGAAUUGAUAUAUACGGAAUUUGGUAGAAGGUAGAUUAUGGAGAUAAUUACUCUCAAGUUUCUUCUCACUACUCUGGCUGGGAGAUAUCAUGAAGACCUUUUGCCGAGAAAUGAAUCUCCCAUGAGGAGAUUGAGACAGGACUGGUUUGCUAGAAUCCAAUAUCUUGCAGAAUUUAUAAUUCACUUCUUUGUUGUAUCCUAUGAACCAGGUUAUUUGGUCCCCUCAAAUUACACACUCCACCCUACUCUUUUCGCUGCGACAGAAGCCAUCAGCACUUCUGUUGAACAAGCUAAGAGCAAACUGUGACGCGAUCUUGUAUAUACUGCAAACUAUGAGUUGGUAUUGGUUUGUGUUUCCCUACAAAAUAAAAUAUUGAUCCUUUCAGCCUGAAGUGGAAUACAUGAAAUGUCAUUUACUAUUCCUGCAAGCUAAGAUUCCUCAA